GAGCACUUUUAUGAGAAGCCUCCUCCUGGGCUGAUCAAGGAAGAUGAGAGCAAGCCGGAAGACUGCAUCCCAGAUGUGCCGGGCAAUGAGCAUGCCCGGGAGUUCUUGGCUCAUGCACCCACGAAAGGCCUCUGGAUGCCGCUGGGGAAGGAGGUCAAAGUGAUGCAGUGUUGGCGUUGCAAACGAUAUGGUCACCGGACAGGUGACAAAGAAUGCCCUUUCUUUAUCAAAGGCAACCAGAAGUUAGAACAGUUCAGAGUGGCACAUGAAGAUCCCAUGUAUGACAUCAUUCGAGAGAAUAAAAGGCACGAGAAGGACGUGAGGAUCCAGCAACUGAAACAGCUCCUGGCCGACUCCACCUCAGACGACGACGGGAGCAGCUCUGGAUCCUCAGAGUGCAGAGAGAAGCACAAGAAGAAGAGGAAGAAGGAGAAGCACAAGAAAAAGAAGAAGGAAAAGAAAAAGAAGAAGAAGCGGAAGCAGAAGUCUUCCAAGUCAAGUGAGAGUUCAGACUCAGAAUGAGGCAGAUGCCUUGUUGAGUACCUCGAAAGCCCAGCCCCGUGGCCUGGAAGGGGGGACACGUGGCGAGCCGCAGGGCCAGUGGGCAUUGCGUCUUUGAAGGACGCCGUGCAGUUUCCCAGCUCCAGGCCUCACUGAUGUGGAAUGGGAGAGCUCCUUGAGCAUCCAAGAAGCCUGUGACCUCUUUGUAGUCUCCAUGGCAGCAGGACCAGGGGUGGCCUUGUGGGCCUGGCUGGCGUGUGCCCUUCUCAUGGGGUGGCUCAGCCCCAUGGCUUCAGGCUUGGCGCUCUGUGGUGUUGAGGAUAUAAAAGCUUGUGAUUUAUUUUUCAAAUGUAGUUGUUUAUUUAUGAAGAGUCCAGGCACUUGGUCCAGAUGUAAAAGCUGAGGACAGUUGGGUCAUGAAAACUCACACUGCUUCCUUUUACCCAGCUCCUUCCCCAAGGGCUGCCAGUGCCACCAGUGUGCGGUCACCCUUCUGACUCAUCUCUUGUCACACAGACAGGGAGGGCUUUUCACACAGCUGCUGCACAGGUCCAUGUGACCCUUGUGUGAAAACGCCAUCCUCACAUGGAGUGCACAUGGGGCUGUGCUGCUGUGUGCCCUGACAUGAUUCACUGGUCUGGGGACAGAUGAUUGGCAGCAAUGAAGCCUCACAUGCCUACACUGCUUCGUCCUCUACGGAACGGAAAGGGUAUGUUACCAAAACCCUGCAGUGGGUCCUCUUCUCUUGUGAGCCAUGACAGCACGAGGCAAAGUAAAGACUAAAGACAGUAAAUGAGACUUAGAGAAGGAGCUGAGCUUUGGGCCUGAUCAGUGCUGCUCUGGGCAGCAGAGGAAGACACCCCAAGCUUGCCACUAUUUAUUGGGUUCAUAGGGAGUAACAUGCCUCAGAGGGUGGUGAUAACCCUAAAUUGACCAGGAUCUUAUAAUCAGAGAAAGCAUCAGAUGACUAGGAGGGGGGCCAUAUUCCUGUGACCAUGAGGAUGUCAUGCUGAUGAUCUUGUUGAUUAGGAUGGUAAGAUGAGCAAAGACAGGCCAGGGAUUCCUGAGUUCAAUCCCUGGUACCGCAAAAACAAAACAGAAAAGACAACAAAAAACAAAAGCAGGGCCAGGGAUUUAGGUCAUUGGUUUCUGCCACUUGCCCUGUGGGGGGCGGGGGGAAGCAAAGAUGCUCUUAAAACAUGUGGAUGAGUUAAGCGAUAAGGAAUUUGUCUCUCCCCAGGUGAAACCUUUCUACUUGGUUCUCAAGGAACCAGGAUGUCUUCAGCUGAUGUAAUCUUAUCCUUGAGCAUCACAGCAUCACAGGACCGUUGAGGUCUCAGCAGUGACUGGAGACAAAAGUGGAGUUAUGUUUUGGCAUGCCAUAGCUCAACAAGGGUGCGGGCUCUUCCCCAGUCAUCCGGCAGCUCGGUGUUGGUUCUGAGGCUGGCUAAGACAGGCCUGUGGCUUUACCACUUGCGCUGAAUUAGGUUUCCCUCCUCCCCUUAGGCCAAUGGUUCUCUGUUGGGGAAAGGGUUAAAAGUGGUGAGAGUGAAAUGCAGGAGUUUGCUGAAAUGACUUUGGCUGCUGCCUUUCUGCAGAGAUCCUGGCUCUGUUAUGUAGACAGCCUGGAGUGCUCGGUGCGGGUAAGAAAGUGUGCUCCGUGUCAGGCAGACCCAAGACACUGCUCUAAGACAUGCAGGCCUGUUGGCACCAAGGCACUUUUGUGUGAGCGCAGGGCUUAAGAAACUAACAAAUGGAGCUGGGGAUGUAGCUCAGUGGCACCACACCUGCCUCUUAAGGUCAAGGUCUUGAGUUUUUAAU